AGGGAGGGUUGCAAUGUACAUGACAGACUUGUUUGAUAUUAUGAUUGUGAAUAUUCGUUGAAAUUUAGCGGAGUUGGCUAAGGAAGCGCCCGAUGACUGAUAGACUUAUCGAAAAUGGGUAAUUCGCUGUCUCCACAUUUAGAGAGUGCACAAAAAACUGGAGUCUGUUCUCUUUGUGGCAAGGGACUGUCAGAGAUUCCUCCUCAGUUGCUAAGGUUAGGGAGUUCCUUACGAACAUUGGACCUCUCUGAGAACAAAUUAAAGGUUUUGCCCGCAGCGUUUGGCAGUUUUACUUCCUUGAAGAGUCUUACAUUGUCAUCAAACAGUAUUGGGGUUUUACCAGUGGAACUCUCUCAGCUGAAGAAGCUAGAAGUAUUAAUUAUCAACAAUAACCAUCUUAAGGUCCUCCCUCUAGGACUUUUCACAAGCCUGAGCCACCUUAAAACCCUUUCACUAGCUUCCAAUCAGCUUACAGCAUUCCCAGAGGGUCUUGGUACCUCAAAGCAUUUGGAUGUAGUUGAUUUGUCCAAUAACAAAAUCCGCAGUCUUCCAGAGUCUGUGGGAGAUUUACAAAUGGUAGAACUUAACAUGAAUAAAAACCAAGUUGCAUUACUUCCUGCCAGUCUUGCAAGAUGUCCUCGACUCAAAGUUCUUAGAUUGGAAGAAAAUUGUUUGGCUUUAGAUGCUGUUAAUCCAGAACUUCUGAAGGAAUCACAGAUUUCCCUGCUUGCAGUGGAUGGUAAUUUGUUUGAAACAAAACAGUUGCGAGAGGCUGAAGGCUAUGACCAGUACAUGGCCCGAUUUACUGCAACUAAAAAGAAGUUCACCUGAUGCCAAGCUGAAUACUUGUUGUCUUGGUGCUCACAAAGACCUGUGUGUAGUAAAUUGGAUCACUGUGACAGUUGCUUGUGCUUAUGGGCAUGGUGUAGACUAGAGUGAGGAAGGGGGAUCUGUAACUCCCCUCUUUAUAAUUAAAGGAUGUGUAAUUGCUUUCGAUAACCUUACCGUCAUUAUGGCACUAAUGUACAGAACCUCUUCCUAGAGAUGCCAAGCUGCUUGCAGCAAUGAGCUAUGAAAAUGUUGAAAGCCGUCCUUCAAAGGGAAUCCUGAUUAAGGGCUCAUGCUCAAAUUCCCAGCUUUAGCAUGUUUUUAUGGUAACCAAUUCUUAUUAUCAACUUGUUUGAUAAAACCAAAGUGACUUUUAACUGUAAAGUGGUCAUAAAAACAGGAUUUUUAUUUUGCCAAGUGUACUAAAAUUGAAGUAAAAUUGUAGGGUUGAUGGAAAGAGAUUAACACUUGUAUCAUGUAACACUUUAUUAACAAGGAAUUAAAACUCACUCUUGGUUGCUUGGAUU